GGACCUGCUCCGCUCGCUACGCGCGCUCCUCCGGGACACCGAGGCCCGGGCGGCUGGGCCGGGAGGGGGGCAGGGUGGCGCCGCCCACUCCUCCGGCUCUCUCCCGGGCGCGGCCAGGGUUGAGCCGCGAGCGGCCGCGCCCAGGGGCUUGGGGCUCCGCAACUAUCCGCUCCCCCACCGGAGGUAAGGAAGAUUUGAGUUUGCAGUCUUCAACUGGGAACAGCUUUGUGUUUUAGCUUUCCCCAGGCGGCUUAGACAGAGUAGUGCACAGCAAAUCUUUUAAUUAAAGCAUGGAAUACGGAAAACAAAAAACUUCAGCUAGUGCUUUAGUCUCAUCUGAAAUGCUACAGAAAUUUCAAGCACUAUUUUUGACUACUACUUGCUACUGAAUGUUCAGUUGAUGAAAUUGAAGGUCUUUCACUCAGAAGAAAUAAAUCAAGAAGAACCCGAGGCUCGCGUGCUCCUGAGUUGCUGUGAAUGGCCCCGGCACGCCUGACCACCCUUCCGGGUAGGAUGUCACUGAGAUCCCUGAAAUGGAGCCUCCUGCUGCUGUCGCUCCUGAGCUUCCUGGUGAUGUGGUACCUCAGUCUUCCCCACUACAAUGUGGUAGAACGCGUGAACUGGAUGUACUUCUAUGAGUAUGAGCCCCUUUACAGACAAGACUUCCGCUUCACACUUCGAGAGCAUUCGAACUGCUCUCAUCAAAACCCAUUUCUGGUCAUCCUGGUGACCUCACACCCCUCGGAUGUGAAAGCCAGACAGGCCAUUAGAGUUACUUGGGGUGAAAAGAAGUCUUGGUGGGGAUAUGAGGUUCUUAUAUUUUUCUUAUUAGGCCAACAGGCUGAAAGGGAAGACAAAGUGUUAGCAUUAUCCUUAGAGGAUGAACACCUCCUUUAUGGCGACAUAAUACGACAAGAUUUUUUAGACACGUACAAUAACCUGACCUUGAAAACAAUCAUGGCAUUUAGGUGGGUAACUGAGUUUUGCCCCAACGCCAGGUACAUCAUGAAGACAGACACUGAUGUUUUCAUCAAUACUGGCAAUUUAGUGAAGUAUCUUUUAAAUUUAAACCACUCAGAAAAGUUUUUCACAGGUUAUCCUCUAAUUGAUAAUUAUUCUUAUAGAGGAUUUUACCAAAAAACCCAUAUUUCAUACCAGGAGUAUCCCUUCAAGGUGUUUCCUCCCUACUGCAGUGGGUUGGGUUAUAUAAUGUCCAGAGAUUUGGUGCCAAGAAUCUAUGAAAUGAUGAGUCACGUAAAACCCAUCAAGUUUGAAGAUGUUUAUGUUGGGAUCUGUUUGAAUUUAUUAAAAGUGGACAUUCAUAUUCCGGAAGACACCAACCUUUUCUUUUUAUAUAGGAUCCAUUUGGAUGUCUGUCAACUCAGACGCAUGAUUGCAGCCCAUGGCUUUUCUUCCAAGGAAAUUAUCACAUUUUGGCAGGUUAUGCUAAGGAACACCACAUGCCAUUAUUAAUUUGACAUUCUACCCAAAGCCUAGAGAAGGGAGGGAUACUUUGUGGAAAACGUUAAAGUUAGACUAUGAAAUCUCCAAUGGAAAACUCAUGGGAAGGUCACUGUGUGGCUUACACAGAACUGAAACUCAUGAAGAGGCUAUAGGCUGGAGACUGGAGGGUUGUACUUGAUCUGUGGUUUAUUUUGACAACAAUCAAGUCAGGCCUUUUAAAGAUGAUAUUCAGAGGAAUUAAACAUCUUAUAAAGGAAUGGGAGGUUUUUGUUAAUAAAACUCAUAGGACCAAACAAUUUGAACGUGUCAUUCUGUAGAUUAAAACUUCUUAAAUGGGUUUCAUUGAAUUAUAAACUCGUUUGUCCAUAACAACAAAGCAGUGUGGAGUAUUAUUCAUUGAACAAUCUAGUCAGUUCAGGGUUUUGUGUAUAUCUUACAUGGAUUACAGUUUUUUUAAAUAUAUAGUUCUGUGUAAAACAACUGAAGUUAUACUGAACAAAAUUUCAUCUCUUUUUGGUCAUUUGGAAGAUACUUCAGGAUGUUGCAGUAUUUCAGUUAUCAAUUAUUAUUUAAUAUUACUUAAAGUUUUGCACUUUUAUGGGUGUUUGAAUGUUAUGGUUGUUUCAGUACUGUAUAAACAGAAUAGUGAAAACUCACUCUUUAUAUUUAAACUUCUUUUCCAGUUACUUCACUGAUGAGUUUAUUAUGAAUAGCUCCGUUAAUGUGUAGAUAUUGGUCAUUAUUGCAUAUCAGUAAUCUCUUGAACUUUGAUAAAUAUUUCUUCGUGGUAAUAUAGAGAAGAAUUAAAGCAAGAAGAUCUGAAUUAUUGUCUUGUUUUUAAAAAUAUAAUCCCUGGUGUUUUUAGAUGUCACUUCAUCUGUCUCAUUGUUCCACCUGGAAAUUAGGAGUAAUGUAGAAUGCCAGGCAGCAUGUUUCCUUUUGGAAAGGACUCUGAAGGCAAAAAGAAAAGAGAGAACGUGAUGGCCAGAAUAUUAUGAAAGGAGUGUCAUAUUUCAGUGCUUGAGCUGGAAAGAGAAGACUAAAGAUUCAAGUUGCAUUGUUAACU